UGUUUUGAAAGAAAUGUUUUGAGUAAUUGUGCUAAUAAAGCUGACCAUCAAGUCAGGAUCCCAGAUGGACGAAAUGAUCUUUGUUGUGUUUCUUCAGGAGGCUUCGUUACACUGAGAAGCAAUGGAGGGAGGAGCAAGUCAAACGCAGCCUUGCCAUGAAAACCAGCUCUCAAACUCCGAAGAGGAAUGCGGGUGGCAAGUUACAGACCUGACCCGACUGCGCCGUUUCUUGUGCUUUGGUUCCGAAGGAGGCGCCUUCUACGUCAAGGAACAGAAAUUGAGCUUUGAAAGCGUAGAUGCCCUUUUGAGGCUUAUUGAAGGCGGCAAAGGUUACGAAGCGGUGCAAGAAAUAAAGACCUUCAGCCAGGAAGGAAGAGCGGCAAAACAGGAUCCACUAUUGUUUGCGCUCGCCAUUUGCUCACAAUGUUCCGAUGCCAAAACAAAACAAGAAGCUUAUAGGGCUGUGCCUGACAUUUGUCACACCCCAACCCACCUCUUCACUUUCAUCCAGUUUAAAAAGGAUCUGAAGGAAGGCAUGAAUUGUGGCAUGUGGGGCCGGGCCCUGAGAAAAGCUGUUUCCGUGUGGUACAAUGGGAAGAAUGACAUGGAUAUUGCUUUAGCGGUGACGGCAUACAAGAAGAAAAAUGGCUGGUGUCAUAAAGAUCUUCUCAGGUUAUCACAUCUCAAGCCUGCAAAUGAAGGCCUGGCCAUUGUCACUAAGUAUGUAAUGAAGGGAUGGAAGGAAGUCCAGGAGGCUUAUAAAGAGAGCAGGCUUUCUGCUGAGGCUGAAAAAGUGUUGAAGUAUUUGGAAGCAGUGGAGAGGGUAAAGCACACAACGGAUGAACUGGAAGUGAUUCAUUUGAUAGAAGAGCAUAGUUUAGUUAGAGAACACCUUCUGACAAGUCACUUGAAAUCUAAAGAGGUCUGGAAAGCACUGCUACAGAACAUGCCCGUAACAGCAAUAUUGAAGAACUUGGGAAAAAUGACAGCAAAUUUUGUUCUUGAACCAGGAAGCUCAGAGGUAGCAAUGAUUUGUGAAAAACUAAAAAAUGAAAAACUUCUUAAAAAGGCUCAAAUACACCCAUUCCACAUUUUGGUUGCAUUAGAAAACUAUAAAGGAGAGCGUGGUUAUCGGGGGAAACUGCGCUGGCAACCAGAGAAGGACAUCUUGGAAGCUCUAAAUACUUCGUUUUACAACUCCUUCAAGGCAUUAGAACCAAUGGGAAAGCGCAUCUUAGUUGCAGUUGAUGUUAGUGAUUCUAUGUUGCAAAAGGUUUUUGGUAGUGUGCUGAAUGCUAGAACCAUUGCUGCCACAAUGUGCAUGGUUGUGGCACGCACUGAAAGAGAUUCCCACAUCGUUGCUUUUUCCCAUGAUAUAGUUCCUUGUCCUGUGACUGAGGAUAUGACUUUACCACAAGUAUUACAGAAAAUGUCCGAGAUUCCAAGGGGCGCCACCAAUUGUUCUUCUCCAUUGCUCUGGGCCCAAAAGACAGGUGUAGCGGUUGAUGUUUUUAUUAUCUUCAUGGAUAGUGAGACCUUUGCUGGAGAUGUUCACCCUGCCACAGCGUUGAGAGAGUAUAGAGAGAGAAUGGGAAUUCCAUCCAAGCUAAUCGUUUGCGGAAUGACAUCCAGUGGCUUUACAGUUGCAGACCCGGAUGACAGAGGGAUGCUGGAUAUUUGUGGUUUUGAUACAGGGACACCCGUUGUCAUUCAAAACUUCAUUUUGGAUUUGAUCUAAACCUGUGAGCACCCACUUUUUCUAAAGCUAUUAACUUCCCGAAGAAUCGACUGGGGGAGCUGUCUAUUGCAUUAACAAGACUCUAUUAAUCCAAGGCUAAGUUUCAUCCUUUUGUUGGAGUAUUAACAUUUUAAAAGAGAUGUGAAAACAGCCAGUGGCAAACUCUACUUUCUCAACAUGCUGUUUACAUCUGUCACGCAUAAUUCUAGGUUUCCAAUUGGUUUUGAGAACUAAACGUGGAAUACAGUGAAUGCUUUUAAUUUUUUUAUAUUAGUUUAACUAUGAGAAUGUGUUCCAUUACUGAAGAUUUUAUUUUCCUAAAAUGAAUUGUUAAUCACAGGGGAUCAAAGGAUGAGACACCUUUUUACACUGUUUUAGGCUAACAACUGUUUGAUUGGAAUAAUUUAUUCUACUAGCUGGGAAAAAAACGAGCCACAUAUGCAAUACAGGUUAUAUUAUUUCUAUCAUUGCUCAUUACCUCCAAUAACUUUAUGGAACAUUUACCACUGGCAACUUGAUGCUCUCCUUGUUUUUAGCAAAUAUUUUUUUAUUAAGCAAUGGGAAAUUUGGAAACAACAGAUUAUUCCCAGGGGUAUUGAUUUGAUGAUUAUACUUUAGCCUUCUAAAUUCUUGUUUUUAAAAAAGGUCUUGCAAAAACCAUCAGUUUUGUGCACAUUAUGGUCUAACUCAUUGUUUCUCAAAUUUGACAACUUUAAGAUGUGUAGACUGCAAUUAGAAUUCCCCAACCAGCAUAUUGCCAACUUUGAAAAACACUGAAGUGUAACUGGUCUGUGUUUUAUUUCCUGACAAUGGAUAAUAGAAGGUUUCCCAAGCAAGUUUAUUUUUUAUUUUUUAUAGAAUCAGAAUAUCAGAAAAUAAAGAAUAUCUUCUGAUGUUCUUUAUAGAAAAUGUGAUUUAUCAUAUCUCUUGAAGUAAGAGGAGAAAAAGGCAAAAAGAAGCAAGGAUAGGGAUUAUUAAUAAA